GUUUUAUUUUUCAGGCCCUCUCCCCUUCCCUUGUGGUUGCGGUUUCUGUACUAUGUACCAGAUAGUGUGACGAGUGUCCAGAGAUACUCCACGCUGCAAUCCGAAUCCAAGUUUCUGCGGAAUGUGAGAGCGCUAGUUUUACCAAAGCGGGAGACUGCUUGGUUGUAUCUUGAGUGAAAUUUUACGCCCGUCUAUCCGUGCCAAUUUCAAUUGCAUUAUGCCAAUGCACAAAGUGAGCCUUACCCAAGCUUUGCACAACGUUACCGACGACAAGUGGCGGUCGCACGUCGGGCAGGUAACCAAGACCCCGGUGUCACGGUAUACUCCUGUCACAGACGUGAAUAGAUUUCCAAAUGUCACGCCGCCAUCGUCCAGGACUGGGUCUGGUCCUGGUAACCGGAUCAGCCCAUCGACUUGUCGCGCGUUGGAUAUGAAAGAAGGAGGAUCGAGCUCUCGACGAAAUGUUAUGCCUUUGGCUGGUGUGUAUCCGUUUCUACGAGAGGAUGAACAGCCGAAUCUGCGGCUUGGUGUACCCACCGCCGUUGCCACCUUCACGCCUACUGGGAAUAUGAAAGUCAGCGACGUCAACGAUCUGAGCACGCCGUCAAAGAAGCGACUUUUCGACAGUCCGGACCUAAAUUCCAGCCCCUUGAACCGCAAAUCUGAUUUUCAAACUCCGACCCCUCGGCGGAAACGAGCUGCAAAGCGGUUGCUUUCGGAUUCCGAGCAUGACGAGUCAUCAUCGUAUUCCCCGUCACCGGGGGUCAGUUCUCGAAGUGCUGGGAAGACUCGCGUUGACGGGUCUCUCGUGACAAUCACGCGCGGCUUCAUCGAUCUCUUGUCCAGCUCGGAAACGAAGAGUUUGGACAUCAACAAAGUGGCCGGGAAACUCGGAAUCCCCAAGCGACGUAUUUACGACAUCACGAAUGCCCUGGAGGGCAUCGGUUUCUUGCGGAAAGGCGUCAAAAACAUCGUGCAUUGGUCUGGUGUGAGUGCGGAACGGAUCAAUCCGGAUUACCAAGUGCUUGAGAAGGAAGUGGAAGAAUUGCGCAAAACGCAGCGUUUACUCGACUUCAUGACGACUUCGGCGAAAGAGACUUUCAGCGAAAUGACUGAAAGCGACGACGGGAAGUUGUGGGUCACGCAUCAGGAUCUACUCGCGUCGGCCCAGGCGAGAGACCGAUUGCUGCUUCCGAUCCACGUCCCGCUGGGCACGUCGUUGGAAAUCAUUUCCGGCGAGAAUCGUCAAGUGUACCUGAAAAGCACAAAUGGCCCUAUCACGGUAACGCUUCUCAAUACCGUUGGUAAGGCCGAAGCGGAACCUCCGGCAGUCACAACGGAGGUUAAGGAGGAACCGACGAUGAUACCUGAGAGUCCGACAUCGGACCUCGUUGGGCUUUUCAAUAGCCCUGUGAAGGACGAAUGGACGCCGUCCUUCGGCAUUGAUUCAAUGCUUGCCAAUACGGGUUCUAACUCAGAUCCGUGCGCCUGGUUCACGAGCCUACCUCUUGAGUUGGAGCAGAGUGACUACAACUUUGCCCUGGACGGCAACGAAGGUCUCGGCAAUCUCUUUGACUUCGGCUUCUAAAAGCAGCCAUCCUACGCACAUUCCCCAUCGUCGAGUGUCUCUUCGCCUUCACAAACCAUCCCCAGUAUUUUCUUUUUCUUAUGUUCUAUUUUUUUAUAUGUUCUCCUCGCGUAAUUCUCGCCUCUCCCGGAGCUGAGGUUGUCACCGGAUUCUUUCGCUAUUUUGAUUUCACGUGUACAAGUCCCAGUUUGAGGUACAAAGGCUUGGUUCUCGACCAACGGUGAGGUUGCUCAGCUCCUGGGGUUCUAGUUUGACAAAGAGGUGGGGUUUUGACAAAGGAAUUUGCACGAGUUCGUAAGCUCUACGAGGAGGUAGUCUUGUCUUGACUGAUCUGUGUUACGGGAAAUUGUGCCACUAUUGAUUCUCGAAUUUAAGUCUGAAGCAGAUUCAGAUUGAACUGCCUUUUUCCGCGCCAAAGCAUUAAUUAAAAUUGAACCUUGCGUUUGAUAUCGUUUCUGUGACUCAAAAUUGCCGAGCGUUGGUUGUUAGCAAGAUCUGUGCUUUUUUCAGAGACUUUUAUUGACGCUUUGAGGUAUUCGAUGAACCCAAAGGGGUUGAUUUACGAUAGUGUCUUGGACAAUUAUCACAACCUUGAGGUAUUACGGUUUGGUGUGUCUUUCGACGACAAAAACUUAUGAUGAAAUUUACCGCCUGUUUCAUUCACUUCGUGAAAUUAAGAUUUCAAAUCUUAGAAAUUUUCCCGUAAGUUUUCACGUGCAAUCGUGUGGGAUAAGAUCAAUUGUCCCCUGAACAAUUAUAAAAUUUUUUAUUCAGUGAUGCAGUGGUAAGCAUUCUCAUCCGUCUCUAUACUUUCCUGAGCAGACCGCGUUACACUCGCAAGGGCGAUCCAGUGUUUCGUGAGGCCGUUAUGUAUUGAAGAGUAAUUUAACAAUUUUUUACGAAAUGAAAUUUUAAAUGGGUGGUUGUGAACUUGGGAAUGAGAAGGAACGAUUAUAAAUUAGAUAAUCCUGAUGUAUGGUUAUUAAAUUGAGAUUAAGGUCGAAUCAUUUAAUGAUGAAAACCGAGUGAAGAUGAACGCUUUAUCAUUUAAAUUAUAAGGAUAGAAGUAGACCCAUUCCCGGACGCAUGGAAUUAAAUGAUGUUUCAAGUGAAGUUAAACCGAAUGGAUGACGUCAACAAACAACUGCAUUUUAAAAACUGGAAUUGAGUGAAUGGGAAUGACGUACUGUACUUCAGCAUGAGAAAGUUGAAAGACUCUAAUAUUCAAUUCACCGUCACUCUUCAGCGUCAAGUUUUGCACUUCGUCAUUCGGUAUGAUGAGAUGGUCGAACUUCUGCAAAUUUCUUUGUAUUCUUCGAAGGAGAGGAUUUUUUUUUGUUGACAAAAUUUGAGUUAUGUGUUGCAAGUGGCCUGCAGUUGCUGUUCCCUGCGGUGCUACGAUUCGGAAUUCGGCCUGUCGUAAUUUUAUUUUUGAUUCGCACGGACAAGCGCACAGAAAAAGAGGGAAGUUGGAGACGGACAGACCCUCCUUUAUUGCUUCAUUAUUUUAUUCCCUCGAUUUCUGCGUAUUAUGGUGGAGUUUUGUUUGUUUUUCUCUCUUGAGUUGCGGUUCCCGGGAGGAGGGGGGGGGUGGAGUUUUUACCUGUAAAGAUGAAGCAUUCUUUCGUACUUCUUCCGGUAUGGAAACUGGAACACUUUUGAUCUCUCGAGAUUUGGCAUGGAUAUUUGUUCUGUUUUUAAUUUCCUUGAGUAGAUAUGAUUUAUCUAGAAUUUUUGGUAAUGACGAAACAGUGUCUCAACUCAGCGGUUGGAUAAUGACUGCGUUCGAUCGACGACGUCGGAACUCCUUUUUUUUUAGUUGAACGGCUAAGAAGUAUGUUCUCAGUUCGCUUUUGGGACCCUUUAGUGUUGUAUAAUUUUGCGCGUGGGUGUGCGUUUUUUUUAGGCUUUUUCUUUGAAUGAUUCGGACUGGAUUAUGUCACAGGCGACAAUUUUCGAUUUCCAGCGAUGGAUGAAAGAAAAGCGAGAUUUUUCAUGAGA